AUGAACUUACUUUCGCUUAUUCUGGCCUUCAAGUCGGUGCGAUUCGGAUACGGUUGCACUGCAGUGGUUCCGAGCACAACCCCAAGACCACCGCAAACCCCUCGACCACCGACAACAACUACACCACCGGGUGAGCGUUUUCUUCUGCAAAAUUCUUCUUUACUUGUAUACCAGUGUUCAACUGCCGACCCAGAAUAUCUGAUGUCGAGCAGUGUCUGA